CUGUGCAAUGUAGAAAAUUGGGUCUCUAUAGCACUUAUUUUAAUAUUUUCCCAUUUGAAUACAGACAAGAAAAUAUUUGGUUGAUGCACAACACUUUCAUGCCUCAUCAGAUCCUCUAAAGAGAAAACGGAAAAACAAGUCUUCUCUGCAACUGAAAGUAUCAAUCACAGCAUUUGAACUUUGAAGCCUCUAUUAGCAUUGAAAUGGGCAGAUCGCUAGUCUUUUCCACAAACAUGCCUCUUAGAUUUUCUCACAUACCCAGAUCAUUUCCCCCUUCCAAUUACCUAAACCAAUGUUUUCCACAAAGAUAUAGUGAAAAUUCCCAGUGUGGGUAUGGCAGUAUUCACUUGAAGCUAAAACCUAAAAGAAAUUUAUGUACGAAGGCUGUAGUGUCAGAGUUUCCUAAUCAAAAGCAAUAUCCCAAAGUGGGUGCCCAAUCAACUGGACCUAUACCAACUAGCCAGCUCAUUCAAGUAGUUGAGACUGCUGCAAAGACCGGUGCUGAGGUAGUGAUGGACGCGGUGAAUAAGCCUCGAAAUAUCUCGUAUAAAGGACUUACUGACUUGGUGACAGAGACAGAUAAAAUGAGUGAGGCUGCUAUAUUAGAAGUUGUCAGAAAGAAUUUCGGGGAUCAUCUUAUUCUUGGUGAGGAGGGAGGAGUCGUAGGAGAUACAUUAUCUGAUUAUCUCUGGUGCAUUGACCCUCUAGAUGGAACAACAAACUUUGCUCAUGGUUAUCCCAGCUUUGCUGUCAGUGUGGGAGUUCUGUAUCGAGGACAUCCUACUGCCGCUGCUGUGGUAGAGUUUGUUGGGGGCCAUAUGGCCUGGAAUACUCGUUUAUUCUCAGCUACUGCUGGUGGAGGAGCAUUUUGUAAUGGCCAAAAAAUCUAUGUGAGUCAAACGGAUAAGGUGGAGCGGUCCCUUCUUGUGACUGGAUUUGGUUAUGACCACGAUGAUGCGUGGGCUACCAACAUUGAAUUAUUCAAGGAGUAUACUGAUAUCAGCAGGGGUGUGAGAAGGCUUGGUGCUGCUGCAGUUGACAUGUGCCAUGUAGCUCUUGGCAUUGUUGAAGCAUAUUGGGAAUACCGCCUAAAACCAUGGGAUAUGGCUGCUGGUGUCCUGAUGGUUGAAGAAGCUGGUGGGACAGUUACUCGCAUGGAUGGUGAAAAAUUUUGUCUUUUUGAUAGAUCUGUUUUGGUAUCCAACGGCGUGCUGCAUGCAAAGCUCUUAGAGAAGAUUGGACCUGCAACUGAGAAAUUAAAAUCUAAAGGAAUCGAUUUCUCACUGUGGUAUAAGCCAGAAAAUUAUCGCACAGAUUUUUGAAAUAUGCCCAGAGUUCUCUUCUCAUUCAAAGCUUUUACAGCAACAAACAGGUAAUGGUUUGGUUACCACCAGAGCAGGCUACCUUGUAGAUUUCCUUUGCAGUCCUCUUCUACAGUGCUGAAGAACCGGGAAGCGAAGACAAGGAAUUGAAGAGGGUCAGAAUAAUGAAAUGCUGAUGAUGAUGACAGGAAGCAUAAAAUUUAAUGCUUGUAUUAGUUUCAUUACCUUUGAAUAAUCAUGUAACAAUGUGUUUAAUUCAGUGUUAUUAAACUCAGUCCGGACAUUGACCCGGCUAAAGAACUGGAUAGAUGAGCUAUUAGUUUAUCCGGUGGAUCAAUGGUCCAAUUAAUGGAUAAUCAAAAUAUUAAUAAUAAAUAUUGAUGAAAUAAUUAUAAUUUAAAAUACCGAUAAAAUUAUGAUUAA